CCCUUCUUCACAUUACAGAACGUUCUCCUGGGCGGUCUUGUGAUCUUUGCCACCUUUGUGACUUUAUGCAAUGCAUCAUGCUAUUUCAUACCCAAUAAGGUAGUUCCAGGAGAGACAAUCAAAGAAUGCACGGAUCUCAACGGAAACAAUCACCCAAUAAACUCGAGGUGGCGGACUGACAACUGUGAGAGAUGUGGUUGUGGCGAAAAACGAAUUUCAUGUUGCUCUCUUGUUGUUAUACCUGUGAGUUAUGACAGAGAGAAGUGCCAGAAAAUCUUUAAGAAGGAGAGCUGCAAGUAUACUGUGGUGGAGAAGAAGGACCCAAAUAAGACCUGUGAUGUCAGUGGAUGGAUACUGUAACAUGCGUCUUGUAGGCACAGGGCUCCCAGGCCAGGCCUCGUUCUCUGACCUCUAAUAGUCUAUGAUGGUGUAGCCCUGCCUAUCAGUAAAAGAUUUUUGAGCAAACACUUGAA